CAGCAGCAGCAACAACAACAACACAUGGCAAACGAUGAAUGUAAAACGAUAUCAAAUAAUUAUAGUGUAGGCGUUAGUGGUGGUAGUAAUAAUAAGGAAAGGCCAAUUUGUAACAUUUGUCGACAAGAGGAAUCGAUCAAAAAUCUACUAUCACCAUGUGAUUGUAAAGGUACCGGUGGUUAUGUUCAUUUUGAUUGUAUAAAACGAUGGAUCGAAAUAAGCGGAAAUGAUCGUUGUAAAGCUUGUAACGUAAUCUAUAGGAAAUUGAAUAUGCAAAAAAAAUCUGGAUCAUUUGGAAAAUUUUUCCAUAAAUCCGAUACUGGUAUAUUGUAUUCACGUUUUGCAUUAUUCUUUUUCACCAUGUUUUUCGUUUCACAUUGGGCACAAUUCCAUAGUCAGCUAGCAUUUAUCAAAGGUUAUCGUACAAGUGCAAGAUUCAUAACAGCAAUCAAUAGUUUUUAUCUAUCAUUCCAUGUGAUCACAUAUACAAUCUAUUUGGCAACAUUGUACCUAUCGUUUAUGGUGUGGCAAAAAACCAAUUUAGAAAUUCUUGUUCAACGUGCAUCGUCAUCAGCACUAUCAUCGUCCACCGUUAUCAAUACCGCAUGACACGGAUGUAUUUGUUUGUAAAUGUAUUUUUAGUAUUCGAACAAUUGCAAUCAUUUUCUUCAUUGUUUUUUUUUGGUAAAAAAAAAUAAAUUCUAGAACUUUAUCAUAGUCACCCAAAAUGUGUGUGUGUGUGUACAAACCAAGUAGAAUUUAGAAAAAAAUAUAAAUUGCAAAUCUGGCCCACAGAAGAUUCUAAUACAAUUCUCUAUUUUCUUGGUUGGUUAAAGCAGCUUUUAAAAAAUUUAUUCGCAAAUUCGCUUUGUUCUACACAACAUCACCAACACAAAACCGUUCAUUGAUUUCCCUGAAGAUUUGCUACUGUCUGUGCGAAUUCACACACAGCAACUCUCUCUCUCUCUCUCUCUCUUCCGAUUCCAUUCAUUUAUUCGAUUUUCAUUCUCUUUUUAUUUUCAUCUCCCUUUUUUUCUGACAUCGGUCGUCUAAAUUGAAACUUUAAGAAGAUUCUAAUUUACAAACCAAAGUUCGAGAAACAAAGAGGUUCAAAUCAGAAUCUCAACCAAAAAAAUUGUUUCCUUCAAUUAUUUCAAAAAAAUGACGACUCCACUGCUGAUGAUCCCUUUGCGAUUCUUGAAGAAAUUCGAUUGAUUUUCUGCAUUAUAUUUUGGUUAACGGAAAAAAUAAAUUAUUCCCAGGAAUGAGCCAGUUCCAAAA